UCGAGUGUCUGUUCCUCCUCCCCCCCCCCUUCCCGCUUGUCCCCGACCAUGGCGACGAUCUUCGAGAUUCAGCGCCAGUGCCUCGAGGAAAUCGACCGCCUCGAGCAGCUGAUCGUCGACGAGCUGGCCUUCCCGGCUAGCACGCACGAGGAGCAGCUUCUGAAGAACACCCGCGUGGCCAAGUUCGCCCAGAUGGCCCAGGAGCAGAGCAACCUCCUGCUGCACUACUUCAAGGACGCCGAUGGCAUGCGCCUCGAGGAGACCGAGCAGAUGGCCGGCGGGGCCGACUCCGCGCAGGGGGCCCUGGACGAGUUCUACCGCCAGAUGCGGCAGAUCGAAGAUCAGCACAGCCUGGCCGCGGUGCCGAAUGCUCUGGCCGAGUCGCCGGCGGCCCGCUUCACCGAGCUGGCCGCCACCCGGGAGAAGGACAUGAAUGACAUCAUUCAUUCGUUCACCGGCGAGGAAGGCCUGGCCCGGUAUCUGGAUCUGACCAAGCUCCACAGCAUGUACCUGAACUUGGACUUUGUUCGGGAGCAGAUGACGACCGAUCGGCCGGCCUACCUGACCUACGUGCAGUACCUGGCCGAGUUCGAUGCCUUCCCGGACAUCCCGCGCGCCGGGAAGAAUGCCGCCUAUGCGGAGUAUGUGCGAGAGCUUGGGGACUAUUUGGAGUCCUUCUUCCGCCGGGCCCAUCCGCUGGUGAAUGUGAGCGCGCAUUUGCGGUCGGCCGAUGAGGCCUUCGCUGUGGCCUGGUCACAGGGUGCGGCCCCGGGCUGGCCGCGUCUGGACGAGGACGAGCAGGCGCCCGGGCCGGCCGGCAGCGCGGCCCCGGCCCCGGAGGAAGUGGCUGCGGCCCAGGCCCGGCAGUCCUACUGUGACCUGUGUCGCGUGGUGUGCGACAGCCCGGCCGGCUUGCAAAAGCACUCCCGCGGGACCAAGCAUCGGAAUGCGGCUCGUCGGGAGGAGCGCGAGCGCGAGUGUGCCCGCCUGGAGGCGCGCGUCACCUUGCUAGCCCAGCUGCUUGGGCAGGUUCGCGACCAGACUCGCGAGAAUGUCGAGCGCAAGCAGACCCGCACGCUGGCCGAGCGCGAGCUGGAGGCCGAGCGCGCGGCGCAGGAUGCCGUCGCUGCCGGGCAGGCCACCGCCGCCACUGCUCUGGGAGCGGGUGGAUCGCGUGCCCGCCGGCCGGGCGCCACCGACGCCGGUGCCUCGGACGACGAGGACGAGCACAAGCCCAUCUACAACCCGCUCAACCUGCCGCUUGACUGGGAUGGCCGGCCGAUCCCGGUGUGGCUGUACCGCCUGCAUGGGUUGGGCGUGUCGUACGAGUGCGAGAUCUGCGGCGACUUUUCCUACCGCGGCCGGCGGAACUUCGAGCGGCACUUCAUGGACUGGCGCCACACCCAGCGGCUCAAGUGCCUGGGCAUCACCAACUCCAAGGAGUUCAUCGAUGUCACCAAGAUCGCCGACGCUCAAGCCCUCUGGAAGAAGAUCCAGCAGUCUCGGCAGCUGUCGUCCUUCCGCGCGGAGCACGACGAAGAAUUCGAGGACUCUCGCGGCUACGUGCUCAACCGCCGUACGUACGAGGAUCUCCGGAGGCAGGACCUCCUGUGAGAGGAGGCGCCCGGCCGGUUGCUCCCUUUCAUCAGCCCAUGUGCACGCACGAUGCACGCGCAUCAUCCACACAGUGCCGGUGUGCCUCCGCUGGAGGCCCUUUCCUCCUCCAAAUGCACCUGCUCAUAUA